UUAUUGUAGGGUUUGUUUUGCACAUUAAACCUUGGCGCGCAUGCGUACUACAGAUCGGGCAUCAUCAUCAUCCUCAUCCUCAUCCUCAUCCUGGCUGCCCAGUUAGAGAUGAGGUAGAGUCCCAGUCCAUCGUCCAGCCCCAGUGAGAAGUGGACACGGUGUUCCAGGAGGUGGCAGUGACAGGAUCAGGGAGUGAACCAGCAUGAAGGAGAAGGAGAGCCGCACCAUUGUGCACUGAUGAUGGGCUUUGUUGUUGUUUGGAGAUCGCAGCACCGAUAAUGGCCUGUUGUUGUUGUUGUUGGUGGUGGUGAUUAAACAGAAUCCUGUGGUUUCUUUGGGCCGAACCUCCGAGCACGGAACCGGCUUUAUUUACUGUGUAGGAUUUCAGCUGGUUACCAGCAAACUGUCUACUGUAAAGGAGGACACAGAGAAUAGUUUGGCCAUGACAGGAGACAUGGCAGCACCGCUCCCUAUGAGUAACCACACGAGGGAGAGAGUGACCGUGGCCAAACUCACCAUGGAGAACUUCUACAGCACCCUCCUUACACAGCAUGAGGAGAGGGAGACCAGGCAGAAGAAACUGGAGAAGGUGAUGGAUGAGGAGGGCUUACCUGAUGAAGAGAAGAUCAUGAGACGCUCUCAGCAUGCACGCAAGGAGACCGAGUUCCUCAGGUUAAAGCGAACUCGACUGGGGCUCAGCGACUUCGAGUCACUCAAAGUCAUUGGACGGGGAGCUUUCGGAGAGGUGCGUCUGGUGCAGAAAAUCGACACGGGUCACAUCUACGCCAUGAAGAUCCUGCGUAAAGCAGACAUGCUCGAGAAGGAACAGGUAGCACACAUCAGGGCAGAGAGGGAUAUCCUCGUGGAGGCAGAUGGAGCAUGGGUAGUAAAAAUGUUCUAUAGUUUCCAGGACAAAAGGAACCUUUAUCUCAUCAUGGAGUUUCUGCCUGGAGGAGACAUGAUGACACUGCUGAUGAAAAAAGACACUCUUUCCGAGGAGGUGACACAGUUUUAUAUAGCAGAGACCGUGCUGGCGAUUGACUCCAUUCACCAACUGGGCUUCAUUCACCGAGAUAUCAAACCGGACAACCUACUGCUGGACUUACGGGGUCAUGUCAAGCUGUCAGACUUCGGCCUGUGCACAGGAUUAAAGAAGGCUCAUCGCACUGAGUUUUAUAGAAACCUUACACACAACCCUCCAAGCGACUUCUCUUUUCAGAAUAUGAACUCAAAAAGGAAGGCUGAAACCUGGAAAAAAAACAGACGACAGCUGGCGUACUCCACUGUGGGCACACCCGACUACAUCGCCCCUGAGGUUUUCAUGCAGACAGGCUACAAUAAGCUGUGUGACUGGUGGUCUCUGGGAGUCAUCAUGUACGAGAUGUUAAUAGGAUAUCCACCAUUCUGUUCUGAGACACCACAGGAAACAUACAGGAAAGUCAUGAACUGGCGGGAAACUCUCAUCUUCCCUCCUGAGGUUCCUAUAUCAGAAAAAGCUAAAGACCUUGUCCUCAGAUUUUGUACAGAUGCAGAGAACAGGAUUGGGGCACUGAGUGUGGAUGAAAUAAAGUCCCACCCUUUCUUUGAAGCAGUUGACUGGGAGCACAUCCGAGAAAGACCUGCUGCCAUUUCCAUUGAGAUCAAGAGCAUUGACGACACCUCCAAUUUUGAUGAUUUUCCCGAGUCAGACAUUUUACAGCCAGUGACAAAUCAAACCGAACCAGACUUCAAGUCUAAGGACUGGGUUUUCCUCAACUAUACCUACAAGCGCUUUGAAGGACUCACACAGCGUGGAACCAUCCCACCUACACAAAGCUGGACAAAACAAAAGACUGAAAGCUAAAAGAGAGAGAGCUUCAGCUUAAGGGACAAAUGGCUCGUCUCACCUAAAUGCUCUGUGUGUUCCCUCAGCUUCAGAGGCUUACUGCGCUGUAAAUAUACACCGAGCCCAGGAAAGGCAUUAAUAAUAAUAAUAAUAAUAACAUUAAUGAUAAUGAAAAUACUAAUGAAAUACUAGUGGGAAAAACCCCAUAUCCGUAUAAUCUACCCCCGAAUUCCACUGGUUUGUAUUUGCUCAGGUACGAGGAUGCUCAUUGUCCCAACACUGUACUGUAGACUUCAUAUGAACUUUAACAGGGUCCUUUAUGUUCUUACCUCACCUUAGCCUUAUGCACUAAUCAUACAGAGCAGGUCAUGAGUCAAGGUUAAUGACAGAAACAUUAUUAUUCACAUGCAUCCAGUGUUAGGUGUAAUAACUACCAUACAGUGUAGUUCUUUAUUUAAUGCACUUGCCCCUGAGCAACACAUAAGGGUUCUAAUUAUAUUUAUUGCUUCUAAACUGUUAUCUUGUGAAAGACUAGUCACGGGUUACUAUUGCUGUGUGUGUUCUAAUACAGUGUUGUUCGUUUCAUUUAUAUUAGAGGUUCUAGAGGUAACGUGUGUGUGUGUUUCCUGCAACGAUAAGGUCUAAAGAUCGAGGAAGCCGAAUUGUCUCAGUGGUCUUAUUUACAUCCAGAGAACAUAGAGAAACGACUGUUUAUAGCUGCUAUACUGUAAGUCGUAACAGGAUCGAACUUGUUUUGCGGACGUUCCAUAACGUUAAAUGUGACUGUAAAUGAGUUCAAAGUAAGAUGUGGUGUUCUUUAAUAAAUAAAUAUAGUAAAUAAAUAAUAUAUAACUAUUGGUA